AUUAAGUCCUUCUGCUGACAGCAUCCAGCCCAAACCCGCCCUUCCACACGCUCGCACGCCGUGCUCCAUCCCUGUCCCACGCUCGGAUUCAGCCCAAAUCUGACACUUCGCGCCGCCUGGACACCUCCGAUCCACUCACACACACCCCCCAGAGCCGGUGGUGGUCCCACCUACAGCCACGAGAUCUCAAAUCUUUUUGGUCCUGAUGGUUGUAAAGGCCCUCCUCCGCUACCCCCCAGCCAAUGCAUGCAGGAAGGAUGUGAGAGCCAGUCAGAUUGAGGAAUUUCUGUGUUUUGAAGUUUUUAAGGCACAAAUCACUCCCAGUUAGAUGGAGGAGAGAGAAAGGAGCAGGAGUCGCUCCCCGCGUAGGGUCCGUCGAGUGGAGCAGGUUGUGGGGAGAUGGCUGCGGCGCUCACGAGACUCCCUCAGCAGGGAGCGUAUUUUGGGGGACAGGAAGUCGAGUCGCUCAGAGGACAGUGGUCAGCAGCAUUUUCCAGUGAAGGAGACGGUGGAGGUGAUCAGAGAUGCUGUGCUGGACUCACAUGGCUUCACCCUCUCCACACAGCUCCCCCUGCUGGUCAGGGAUGUCACUCCAGGAGGACCAGCCGAUGGUCGUCUCUUACCUGGUGACCAAGUGCUGAAAGUGAAUAACAAAGCCAUAGAUGAUCUGUCUCCGGAACAUGUUGAGAACAUGAUCAGGGAGUGCCAGGAUUCUGUUACCAUGACGAUCCUCAGAAAUAUGCUGAACCCCAAGUCCUCGUUCAUGAGUGCAGAAAAGAGAGCUCGCCUGAGAAGAAAUCCGGUUAAAGUGCGCUUUGCUGAGGAGGUGGUCGUCAAUGGACACACUCAGGGAAACUCUCUUCUCUUCCUGCCCAAUGUGCUGAAGGUCUACCUGGAGAACGGGCAGACCAAAGCCUUCAAAUUUGAUAAGACCACCACCGUCAAGGACAUAGUGCUGACUCUGAAAGAGAAGCUGUCGAUUCACUCUAUUGAGCAUUUCUCGCUGGUGCUAGAACAGCAAUAUAGCAUCACCAAACUCCUAUUACUGCACGAAGAUGAGCUUAUACAGAAGGUGGUGCAGAAGAAGGACUCUCAUGAUUACAGAUGUCUGUUCCGAGUGUGUUUCAUCCCUAGGGACCCUGUGGAUCUGCUACAUGAUGACCCAGUCGCCUUUGAAUACCUCUUCCAUCAGAGUGUAGGUGAUGUGCUGCAGGAGCGCUUUGCAGUAGAGAUGAAGUGUAACACUGCUUUAAGGCUAGCAGCGCUGCAUAUGCAUGAAAGAAUGGCCAGCUGUGGGCAAACUACCAGAACAUCUGUCAAAAGCAUCACUAAGGAAUUUGGCUUGGAGAGCUUUAUUUCGCCUACAUUACUGAGGAACAUGAGAGAGAAAGACCUGAGAAAGGCCCUCACAGGUCACAUGAAGAAGAUCCAAUCACUGCUGGAGCCUCGCCAGAAAGUAAUCUCUGUAUCUCAGGCCAGGUUGGCUUAUUUAACUCAGAUGGCAGAGCUGAUUUCAUACAGUGGAAGAAGCUACAACGCCACCAUGCUGCUGCAGGACCGGGAGUCAUUGGUGAGUUUGUUGGUGGGAGCCCGGUAUGGUGUCAGUCAGAUCCUAAACCACAAGCUCAACAUGAUCUCCACCAUCAUAGACUUCCAUUACAUCACCCGCGUAGAGGUGCUCUCAGAGUCUGACAGAGUCAGCAUGCUAAAGAUCUACCUGCAUGACAUCCAGCCCCUGGCCUUACUAAUGGAUUCAGUAGCUGCUAAGGACUUGGCCUGUCUGCUGGCUGGCUACUGCAAAUUGUUGGUGGACCCCAAUAUGAAUGUGUUCCGCUGGGGUCCUCGCCCUAAAAUACGCCGAAUACCUUUGGACGAAGGCUAUGGUUUCCGCUGUGGCAGUGAUUCAGAGGAGAGCUCAGAGGAAGAUUACUCCAUGGACAACCUCCUGGACACGCAACACUCCGAAGACACGGCAUCAACUUACACAAACGAUGGGAGAGAAGAUGAGAAGGUUGAAGAGAUUAAGCAAGAGGCCAGCUCAGAGACAGUAAGAGUGUAUGUGACCCAUGCAGAAGAAGAAGAUAAAGCAGUAGAAGGUGGUCUAGACGGGAUAAGUACAAGUGGUUCUGUUGAAGAUGAGGACUAUGCAGCAAGAGUAGAUGCACUUCUGGAGACGGGGUGGUACACUGAUCCAAGGGUUAAUAGCAGCUUCUCUAGUCUGUCCAGUAACUCCCUCAAUGCGCUGGAGGAGAGUAGCAGGACAUCCACUACAGGGCCUGGUCAUGUGGACAGUUUUCUGGAGGAGAUGCCCAAAUCAGAUCAGGCUACUGGGACUAGUCUGGAUGUGCACCAUCCAUACCUACUAGAGGUGCCUGAACAACAAAAUCAGGAGGAGGAUUUACAAAGCCCAAUGCGACCUUCCGACCUUCCCUACUGUAGGCAUCCAGGCUUGCUCUCCCAAAUGGCUGACUACCUCCCCAGCCCACCCGAAGCCAGCGAUGAUGCACUUAGUGAUGAGGAUGAGGAGGUUAGAGAUGAAAAUGGAAAUGAUAGACUCAUUCUAGGCAUGUCUGCAGACUUAGAAGCUGUUUUGGCAUCAGGUAGUAGCAACAGCAUAAAAGCUACUGACGUCAAUGUUCAGGCACUCUUAACGAGAAUCCGUAGCCAUCCAGCAUGUAAGCUAGAAUGGAAAAACCCUGGCCGUAUGCAUAGGGAGGGACUAAAAUCAAAGGGACCAUUGGCCAGAGUAAAACCACCACCUCCUCCUCCACCUCCAAGAACAGUGUCUGUAAGGGUCCCUGAAACAUCAAAGGACUCCAGAGACAGUGCUACAGAAUCAGAAGAUGAAUUUUUUGAUGCCCAGGAUCGUCUUACACCACCUAUCUUGGAACAUGCUGCAGAGAAAGACACAAAUGUGAGUAGCAAGGAGCAUGGUCUGGGAGUGAAUGAUAUCAAGAUCAGUGUGGAGGAGACAGCAGCACAUGGAGACAUGCCGAACAGGGAGGACAAACAACACAAUGCUUUACCCAGUAGAAACAACCUAAAUACAAAUCCUUCCCUCCUUAAUCAUAUUAAUCCUGAGACAACUGUUCUUGAUAACCAAGAGCUGGAGGUUCAUCAGCCUUCACUGACUCUGCUCUCUCAACGAACGCUGCUUGAGUCUAAGCCUGUUGUGGAUAAUCACAUCUCAGAGCAGGGCCAACAGUGUAACGGAGACAUUCCUGGCCGCAAAGCUCACCUGUCCUCUGAGCUUUUAGAGAUGGAGCCAGACACUAUGGAGUUUAAGCCUGUUUCUACAGCUGGACCACCACUAUCUUCCCCCUUAAUCAAGGCAGUGCGGCAAGCUAAAUCUCAGCCACCAACCCCAGUGGAUCCUGUACUUUUGAAUGGAUCCAAGCAGCAAAAUCCAGUUUCCAAUCAUGCCCCAGUCUGUUGUCAACAUAUUAAAACUCUUGAUACCCAAAGAGUCACAAUGCCAACAAAGACUCCAGAGGAUAUGAAAGAUAAAACAGAAAACCAAUCACUGCCUUUUCCCCAAACCAAGACAGAAGAGAAUAAGUUGUCAUCUGUUUCUGCCAAACCUCCAGUACCUCCAAAACCCACAUCUAUUGUUUCUCAACAAACACCAGUUUCAAAUAUCGCACCUGCUCUAAAAACAGAAGGCAAAAACCAAGUACCUCCAAAUGGGCUGUCCUUGCACCCCUGGUCCCAGCGUAACGGGGCCAUCCCAGCCCCUAUUCUAAGUAAGGGUGUUUCUCUGAGCCAUGAGAAUCUUAGAAGUGAGAUAAAGACUGAGAACACGACUGUCAAGGGGACCAGUGCAUCAACUACUCCAACCCCUACUUCCACCCCAGCUCCAUCCCCAUCUGUGGCCAUCAGAGGGUCAAUAAGCAUGGAUCCCAAAGAUCCAUUUGGGAUCGGGAUGAGCUUCCCUAACAGGACUUCUUCUGGACGCCUGUCUGCUUCAGCACUACGAGGGAAGAUCCAAGACAUGCCUUGGUAUCUUACCCGAUCCCAGGAAAUUUUGGGUACAAUAGCACUCAGCGGAGAUAAAUCAGCAGACGCUAAAGCAUCAAAGGAUGGAGGUGAGUGCAAAGAACCUAAGAAGGAAUCACCAAAAGCUACUUCAGUACCUUCUUUGAAUGACUGGAAAGAGAAAGACGCUGAAGUUGUUGUUGUGAAACUCAAAGACGGGCCGCAAGAAGCGACCUCACUUGUAAAAGAGACCAGUGGGAAUACUCCAUUGUCCGAUCAUUCAGAAUGGCAGAAUAGGUUGCAGGACUCUGUUGAAUUCUUGUCGCACUUGGGAACAUGCAAUUCUGAACAACCCCAGUCUCAAAACAACAAUGGUAAAAAGGAUACUCUGGAAAGGCCCUCUCCUCCAUCAAGCACCGGCACAACCCAUCGAGAUGCAUGCGGCUGCCAUACCGUUUAUGCCAACUGUUUCAGCGGGGAUGCAGAGGAUGUAUGUGGCUUUGAUGAUGACCUGACAGUGUACGAGUUCUCCCGUCAGAAACGGAGCAUCAAGCCUCCCCAGACUUCCACUGCUCCUUCCUCCCUCUGCGCCUCUUCACCAAACAUCCUCUCCCUGCUCAGAGAUUCACCUCAUCCCCUCUCGACCUCCUCAGAACUCAGUCCCCUCCUUACCCCGCCCCGGCCACUCGAACCUCGACCCCUGGGCCACGGCCCAUUGGAGAAUCCACUGCGGGACCUCCAGGGAAGACGGUACCUAACAGGCCCAAAAGGUACAGGGCUUAAAGGGGGCUAUGUUUCUCUGCACAGAGACAUAGACGAGCUUCUGCUGGUGCUUAAGAAUGGAGAGACUGCAAUAAAUCCUCCAUGCCACAAGGGGCACUGUGAAAAGGGCAUGAACGGGCACUCCUUUUCAGAAACAGAGCGCUGCCUGGUGCAGGCUGAGGCACGGAGGCUGGCGUCAGGAUGCCAGCGUGCAACACGUGUCGGCUGGGCCCCGGACGAUGCCCUCCUCUCUCUAGGCAACAGCUUCGGAGCUCUGGUGCAUCUGUCAGCAGCUUGCCUCCGAGUUUCCUGCUCAGACUGUGGAGGUUGCCAUGGCGAUAUUGAUGGAGCCGAGGCCCUGAGGAAGCUUCAAGAAAUUGUGUGUCUGUACAAGGAGUUUGUGACGGCUGUGGAAACAGCACAAGAGGCGGAGGGCGUCAGGCUGUUGGCCAGACAGUGCACGGUUCUAAUCUCCACAGUCUUUUCUCUUACACAGCUCUUCAGAACGCAUACGCCAGACACAGACAAUAGACACUUACCCUUGAACUUCUGAACUUUGGCGUGCUAAAACUGAACAGAGAUUCAAAAACUCUUUGCAUUUAAAGACUAUGAAUGUGUGCUGGCACACAUGAAAUGAACGUAAGUGCCGUAAACCACAGACAAAUAUACACACUACACACUAACAAGCAAAUAAGUCUACCCAAAAGUUGAACUUCGAUCCUCUAAAAGUGUUGGUCUUGCCAAGUCUCCUUAUGAACUUACAUGGGUUAUGCAUUUAUUGAUAUAUACAGUAGCUAUUUUCUAACAAUUCCUUAUUUCUUCAAGUAUGUACAGUAUGUAUUUGAGGACCUAUUUAUUUUUACAUACUAUGUGUGUGCACCGUGGAUUCUAACCUAUAUCUAUGUUUUUUGUUUUGGUCUAUGUAAAUUCCUACCUCUCUGUCCAGUAACCAUGGAAACCUGAAAGAAAAGGACAGUAUUAGGAUGUCCCGUUUGUUUUUAUUUUUAUUUUGUUGUGCUGCUCUUCAGUGGUUUAGGCAUGGUACUUGAUUUAGAAGGACAAAGCAAAGCCGACUCUCCUCUUACCCUUCCUUCUGACCAUAUGUACGAAUAAUAGAUGCUAGGAGAGAUAAAGAAAACACUCGGUAACUUUUUGUGCGAAAGAUGGACAAAAAAUGGAAUAUGACAGUUGCUUGGUGGCAAUAGAAAUGUGAUGGUUUAGAAUUUUAUAUCUCUAUGUCGGUGUGAACAUUUGAUGUUAGUUUUUAUAUUAGCCAGUUAGUUGACUGUUAAUGGUAGCGAUCCGUUUUAUCCAAAGACAUUACAGCACAAAAGAGGUGCUUUUUUUCAUAAUGAAGUCAUCACCAUUCACGUGUAACACUCUGACUAAUUGAAUAACACUAGUUUAACUACGGUAUUUUCACUUGUGUUUAUUUUAUUACUAUGCAAGUGUCACCGCUGAAGUUUUCCACAUAUCAUUCUUUCCUAUGUUGAGUAUUUUAUAUAUCCGAUCAAAACUGUUUGAAACUGUUCUUGAUCACUAAUACUAAUUUAGUUUUGAUAAGAGGGCUUCCCGAAGAAACCUAAGCCUUAUUCUUGAUCUGGAAGGGUUUUUAAAAACUAUCCUGGAUCGAGGUCAAAUUUCAGUAAUUAUGCAAUUGAAACAUGGAUCCCAGUUUGCCUUCUGCUGAUUAGAGGCAAAAAAAAUGUUGCCAAGGAUGUUCUUUUACUUCUGCUACCACAUUGAUAGUGUUCGACAGCCCCAAAUUCAAUCAGUACUUUAUAUUUGGUUGUAUGAAGUCUGUUAACAUUCAUGGUAUUAGAAGUCUGGCAUCUUGAGAGCAGAUGGUCAUUGGGAGCAUUCAGCAUUUCAGCACUUCAGGUUGAUAUUGGACUUAAAGUGCUGUGCACAAGUAGGAGGCCACCCUUCGUUUAUUUAAUUUCCAGUUAAAAUGGAAGUCAAAAGUUAUUCAUUUUAGGAGCUAUAUCUGAGAAGAUUAGGUAUAAGAUAAUCCAAUAUAAUGAAGGGGGAAGUCAAAGGAAAAUAACACAGGAAUUUCCAAAACUUUAAAAGUUAUUAAAAAGCAUCAAGAAAAUGAGACUCCUAACAACAAUGCAAGAUUUGGUAGACCACCAAAACUGUCACCAACUGUCAACAUGAGACAAAUAGUCCUUAAAGCUUUCAUCUCUGAGAGGGGAGAAAAUCAAGCUUCACUUUUGAUUCAGAUCUGAAAAAAUCCACAGGUCUUUCUGUCCAUCCUUCCACUGUGAGAAGACAACACUGUGGGUUCAAAAGGAUGUGUAGCUGUCAAGAAGCCCUUACUGAAAAGGAAAUAGAAAAAAAAAAUCUGUAAACUAAACAAAGUAACUUCUGGUGUUCUCAGAACAAUGAACUGACCACCUGAGAGUCCAGACCUCAACAUCACUGAAUGUGUUUGGGAUUUAUUGCAUCAUAAGAAGCAUAAAAUACAAGCAACUCCUAAGACUGAACUUUGGAGGUGUGGAAAAAUAUCCCUGCAGAUUUCUUUAAAAAACAAAAAAGCAAGUCUCCAGAAAAAAUGGAAGCUGUAAUAGAGGCAAAGUGUGAACACUGAAAACUUCAUUAUUGAUAUUAUAUUUAGUUGCUUAGGCUGCUUUUUUUUCCUGACAACAAAAAAUGAGUAAUUUGUACUUAAUGGACCUUUUGAGCUGAAACUGACUAAAGGAAGGGUGGUCUCUGAUGUGCACAGUACUGCAUAUUGGGCAAUGCUUGAGAUUUGGAUCUGUGUUAGAGGGCCUGCUUCUAGAUCAGUGCAAAGAGGCCCUUGAGAGCUCUGAAUGAUGAUGACCAGAUAAUGUGGCCUGCUCUUUAAGGCUCAUUGAUCUAGUAUGACAUGAACCAUUUUCAGCACUUAACUGAGUUCACUACAUUAGAGAAGAGCUUCCAGAUGGCGACAGUACUGUCUCACACACACAGCCAAGACAGCAUAUCUAAUAAUCAAGUCAGAUGUCGCAAAGUUGUGUUUGAGGCAACAGGUCAUGAGAACAGAAUGAAGAGAUCGUGAAGAAGCAAGUUUUCUUAUACAUACUCAAUCCUGAAUUUGUGGUCAAGUGAUCUGUUGAUGUUUUAUAAUUUUGUAGCACGUCAGCACAAGUUACGACACUAAUCUCUACACUGUCAGAGAAGUCUUUUAUCCAACUACCUGAAUGAGGACGAGCUUAAAUGUCCUGUAGCUGUGGGUGAUUCUUGGAAUGAGAUGCGUUAUCUUAAUUGUAGCAAAUGAAGAGGAAAUAAAAAUGUGAAUAGGUAUAGCUUCUAUUCAGAGUGCACAAAAAGCCAGAGUAGAUUUGAAAAGUGAGAAAUUGACUGAAAUGUAAAGUAAGAAAAAAAAUGAAGGGACAAUCCUGUCAUUUUGCAUUCCUUCUACUAUAUCAACGAUUAAAGGAUGAAUUUGAAUGGAA